CAAAUCGCCCCACCCCUCGGCUCGUAAGGGCGCGGCGGAGGCCAACCCGGGUACCUGCUUUCCCGGCCGCGGAUUGGCCCGUGUCGGGGUCCGUCGGUCGCAUUGGUAUCUGGGAAGGAGAGAAAAUGGCGGCGGAGCCGAGUAAGACCGAAAUCCAGACUCUUUUUAAGAGGCUUCGCGCAAUUCCCACCAACAAGGCCUGCUUCGACUGUGGCGCCAAGAAUCCGAGUUGGGCCAGCAUCACGUACGGUGUUUUCUUGUGCAUUGACUGCUCCGGGGUACACCGCUCCCUGGGCGUCCAUCUCAGCUUCAUCAGGUCCACAGAGUUGGAUUCCAACUGGAACUGGUUCCAGCUGAGGUGUAUGCAGAUCGGCGGGAAUGCCAAUGCGACAGCUUUCUUCCGCCAACAUGGAUGCACAGCCAGUGAUGCCAACACCAAAUAUAAUAGCCGAGUUGCCCAGAUGUACCGGGAAAAGAUCCGGCAGCUGGGGAGUGCGGCCCUGGCUAGGCAUGGCACCGACCUUUGGAUAGAGAGUGCUCCCAAUCACUCUCCGGAGAAGAAGGACGCUGAUUUCUUCAUGGAACACACCCAACAUCCUGCCUGGGAUGCACCAGCCACCAAUCCAGCAGAGACCCAGCAGCCGGCCCCGUCUGCAGAGAACAGUGGCCUGGCACAGCCGGAGCCUGGCCCUAACACGGACCUGCUGGGCACCUCACCCAAAGCCACUCUGGAGUCCAUGUUUCUGUCACCUAAAGGGGCCCUUCCUGCCAGAGAACUGAAAACCUCCCUCAUUGGCAAGAAGAAGCCAGCAGCAGCUAAGAAAGGGCUGGGUGCCAAGAAAGGCCUAGGGGCCCAGAAGGUGAGCAGCCAGAGCUUCAGCGAGAUUGAGCGACAGGCCCAGGUGGCAGAGAAGCUCCGAGAGCAGCAGGUGGCUGACGCCAAGAAGCAGGCCGAGGAGUCUAUGGUUGCCUCCAUGCGUCUGGCUUACCAGGAGCUCCAGAUUGACCGGAAGAAGGAGGAGAAGAAGCUACAGAAUCUGGAAGGGAAGAAGCGAGAGCAGGCAGAGAGGUUGGGCAUGGGCUUGGUAUCCCGAAGCUCCGUCUCCCACUCAGUGCUGUCUGAGAUGCAGGUGAUUGAGCAGGAAACCCCCGUGAGUGCAAAAUCCUGCCGCUCGCAGCUGGACUUGUUUGACGAUGUUGGGAGUUUCGCCUCUGGACCCCCAAAGUACAAGGACAACCCCUUUUCCUUGGGGGACACUUUUGGUUCCCGCUGGGAUGCAGAUGCUACCUGGGGCAUGGACAGGAUGGAGGAGAAGGAGCCCGAAGUAACGAUUUCAAGCAUCCGGCCUAUUUCAGAAAGAGUCACAAACCGACGGGAAGUGGAGAGCCGGAGCUCGGGCCUCGAGUCCAGUGAAGCACGUCAGAAGUUUGCAGGAGCCAAAGCCAUCUCAUCUGACAUGUUCUUUGGGCGGGAGGUAGAUACCGAGUAUGAAGCUAGGUCUCGGCUACAGCAGCUCUCAGGCAGUAGUGCCAUCAGCUCUUCAGACCUCUUUGGGGACAUGGAUGGAGCUCAUGGAGCAGGUAGCGUAUCUCUGGGGAAUGUGCUCCCCACAGCGGACAUCGCCCAGUUUAAGCAGGGUGUCAAGUCUGUGGCCGGGAAGAUGGCUGUGCUGGCCAACGGUGUGAUGAAUUCUUUGCAGGAUCGCUAUGGUUCCUACUGAUCCAAGCUCUGUGGCUCAGGCAUAUGGUCAUGACAGCAGUAAAAACCCCAUGAUUACCUGGCCAGGGAUGCUUGCCUUGUGGGAGCUGGGAGAAACUGUUACUUAUGUGUGUGGUGUGUGAGUGGGGUGGCCUCUGGGAGUCUUGGGUGAGGGGGAUGGGAGGUGCCAGCCCUUGACCUCGGCCUAUAGAUCGAGCCCUUUAUUCUUCUCCCCUCACAUCCUGUCCUGUGUGUUAGACGAUUGUCCUUCCAGCCCCGCCCCAAAGCUGCUGCUCUCUUGUCCUGCCACACUGGGAGUGAGGGGAGGGUGUUCCCCCAGGAUGGCUUAUUCUGGGCCCAGCCUUUCCCCGAGUAGGGAAAGUGAAAGGGGGAAGGCUUUUUGCUGGCUCUGGGCUCCUUCCGGACCAUCGGGGGGGCUGGGCCACCCCCAUCCUCUGGAACCAGUGGGGAGGGCUGGGAAGAGUCCUGCUGUAGACCAGACCCCAGAGGAGGCUCUGGACUUGCUGCUGUUGCUCAGUGGCCUCUUCUGGGGGGGAGGGGGGACGCGGUAGGGGAGGGGAAGGACCUUCAUUUGGGCCUUACAAGGGCUAGAAACUUGACCUGGUACCUAAAGGUUUCAUUUGGGAUCAGACUGGAGGCCCAAGUGAUGGUUUCCUGUGUCACCACCCCUUUACAGUGGUCACUUGGAGGAUUACUUUUCCUCCUGAGUGUCUCAGAGUCCUUCCUUAUCCACGUGGACCCCAGGACCCUCUGUCCCCUCCUGAGACUGUCCUUCCUUGCUUGGUGGGCAUGGUGUCUCAUCGGCCCUGUGAUAGAUGCUGUGAGCAUAAUGCUGGAACGGAAGCAGGCUCCUGGGGCUCAGCUGGCUUCCUCUAUCAUCCUGGACGGCACCCCACAGAAAGCCUGAGGCGCCAACAGAGCUGCAAGCCUUGUGUCCUGGCCGCUGGGCCAUGCACGUCAUCCUUGGUGCCAUCUUGCCCUGCUGUGCUGGCAGUCAGGACCCACCCCACCCCCUGUGGGUUGAGGGUUGGGCUCCCAAGCAACACAGACCACUCUUCAGCCACCUCCUCCCCAAAAGGACUUGACUUUUUUUCUGGACUGUUUGUAUUGAAACAGUGGUGUCAAAUAAAGGCCCGACAGGGUCCUGGGCCCCUGUUGGUCUGAGUGAA